CCUUCUUUAGUAAUUCAUUCAUUUUAGAUCACCGAAUUUUGCAAAUUUACGGAGGAAUAUCUGAACACUUUGAAAACUGAUGACUCGCAAUUGUUGAAAUUGAUCAAUAUUCUCGAUGCGACAGAAAGCUUCGAUUUUUUAACCGGCGCUAACCUAGUGGAUCACCUGGUUGGCCGAUUGAGUCGUGAAGGAGUGGCUGAGUGGAUUAAGACAACCGAUAAGCGAUGGUCGCUCCGACAUGUGACCGCAGCUUUCGCGCAGUGGAGUAAUGAAGCCAAAAUAGAAGCGUUGAAAGAUUUAUUAAAUCGACCAAAAUCAGAGGAUAUACAGUACACCGUGGGAAAUUGUAUAGAUUCGCUUUUCAAAAUAAAGGUACGAGCUGGCGAACUAGUUAACGUUUCAUUAGUAGAAGGAGGUGAAGAAGUGCUAAAGAAAGCUACAGAAUCGUUGUUUGGAAAAGAUGUAGUGAAGAGUGCACUGAAGAAGAUGAGUGGAAAUCCAGUUUACAAGAGUGUCCUUCCAACUUUCUGGCUGUGUUUGAAACUAUGGUCGAAAAUUGCAUCAACCGAACAGAUGGCUAAUGUUUAUCAAAGUGAUGGCGAAGAGCUGCGUACGAUUGUAAAAGAAGGUGAAGAUGGUAUGAAGGAAGUUGAUCCUGCAGCACUCAGUCGUUUGGAAAGCGCGCUUGGAAAGGCGGCUGUUAAAAGAAAAGCUGAUGCGAUAGAUGAAGAAGAGAGUGAUGCCUCAGAUGUUGACGAUGCUGAAAUAUUUUUAGCUUUCAUCAUUCUGAGUAUUUCAAACCACUAUGGCUUUAUCAAACUCUUUUUAGCAUAUGAUGAUACCAUUGCUGAAGUUAGCCAAGCAGCAAUUGAAGCACGAUGUCGAAGGCCAUAA